AUGAAGUUGAAUAUAAACAAAUGUGCAUAUAUGGCAAACAAAAUAGAUUCUGAAAUGGAAUAAAUAGGAUGUUAAAAAGUUGAUAAAUAUAAAUACCUAGGUAUAUGGCUUAAUAAUAAUGGAUUAGUAAUUAAACACUACAUGAAAACAAAUGGAUAUAUUAAAGAUAUGCUGGAGACUUAGAAUAUUGGAUAAAUUACUACCUUUUAGACAAAUUAUGAAAUUAUGGAACGUAUUCGUCAAACCAUAUUUCGAUUAUAUAUCACCUAUAUUAUGGAUGUAAAGUAAGUCAAUUAUAAAAAAAUAUGA